AUGGCAUCAGACACACGUACAUACCCGCUACGACAACCCGCAAAGCAUAACCCACCACCACGAUUACACCUCGUCUUCCCAGAGGCACAGAAGCAAGUCUUCACAGCUUACAUCGGGAUCGAACUACACAGUCAAAAAUGCAAAACCACCAAGGACGCCUUGUCUAUCCUCUCAGAGCCCAGGUCAAAGAUUCAAAACUGGCUUGAGGAGGUCACCCCAAUCUCAACAGAGCAGUUCUUCGUCUUAGACGACACGCCAAACCAUAGACAGACUUCUAUCCCAACACAAGCUCAAGCUCAAGAUCCAAGCUCCAUUAAAAAAUCCACCACUUUAAUCUGGGCCUGCUACUGGCCGACCAAAGACUCCUACCAAAAAGCACUCGCAAACUUGAAUCUUUCCUCGCUGCAUACCUCCCUACCCGAAUCCCUGCGCCCAGCAAUCGGGUUCUGGGCAGAAUGUUUUACUUCGGACAUCGCCCGCCUGGAAACAGUCUACUCGGCAACAGAUUAUAUGCCCGGCCUAGCGCGGUUACCAGGAACAUCUACGACAAAGCAUCUGCACACGGGAUACUGGGGAGCAGCGCGGGAUCGGAUCCCGGGGUCUGGGGAGGAUCUUUUUACUGGGGAUGGAGCAGUGCGUAAUUAUGGAAAUGGAGAAUCUGCUGCUCCUGCAGAAGAAGGGGAAAGCGAAGAUGUGGAUUUUCAAUCUUCUCUGAAUUCAUCUAUAAAAGGCACAAACCCCUCAGACAUGGUCCAUAUUCGUUCCGGUCAGUUCUGGGGAAAUUGUAACGAAGAAGAAGCAAGUGCCUAUCUGGAUAAUCUGGAACCAAAGCUACGUGGUGGAUUGUUAUAUCUAUGGAACUCCCCGGAAGAGAGCGGGUCUCUUGGGGUACGAUAUUUGCGCAAUACCAAUACCACUAGUCUCGAGGGCAAGAAUUCUGAAAAGGGAGGAGAGGAAGACGCCGAUGCCGUUUACGGUGCCGAUACGGACCCAUCCAUCGCCGAUUUCCUGGAUACAUGUCCGAAGGAAACGUGCGUGACAGCAUUCUUCAGAAACAUGGCAGAUCUGGAGAAAUGGGCGUCGAAACACCCGUCUCAUCUGGCUAUUCAUGCGGGAGCUGUCAGUCAUGGUCGACGAUUUGGUGACGCGCGACGGUUUAGGACUUGGCAUGAGGUUUCUGUGAUUCGGGGCGGGGAGGCGAGGUUUGAAUAUGUGAAUUGCGUCGAUGGGAGGGGGUUUGGUAGAGGGAUGGUGUCUGUUCAGCGGAGUGAGUUGCUCUGA